UCCUCCCGCGUUGAUUGACAGCUGCACGCACAGACCUGCCUGUAGUGCUUGUGUCGCUCUACCCGGCCUCCGCCAUCUUGCCUCUCCCUGCCUGCUAGAAGCCGAGUGCGGAAGUGGAAACGGCACUGUGCGGGCUCAGGGUUCCGCCUGUGGACGGCUUGCCAGAUCCUCCCGCCGACACAGCCUGCUAUCCAUCAGAUUUAACCUUUUCUAAACAGAGACCCAGGGAGAGAUGGCUGGACGGUUACCGGCGUGUGUUGUCGACUGCGGCACAGGUUACACCAAACUGGGGUAUGCAGGGAACACAGAGCCACAGUUCAUCGUUCCAUCAUGUAUUGCCAUUAAAGAGUCAGCCAAGGUCGGAGACCAGGCCCAGCGGAGAAUGAUGAAGGGGGUGGAUGACUUGGAUUUCUACAUCGGAGAUGAAGCAGUAGACAAGCCCACAUAUUCCACUAAGUGGCCAAUCCGCCAUGGGAUUGUGGAGGACUGGGACCUAAUGGAGCGUUUCAUGGAGCAGAUCAUCUUCAAGUACCUGAGGGCUGAGCCUGAGGACCACUACUUCCUCCUGACAGAGCCCCCUCUCAACACACCAGAAAACCGAGAGUACACAGCUGAGAUCAUGUUUGAGUCUUUCAAUGUACCAGGGCUGUACAUCGCUGUGCAGGCUGUGCUCGCUCUGGCAGCCUCCUGGACGUCCAGACAGGUGGGAGAGAGGACGCUGACAGGCACCGUCAUUGACAGCGGAGAUGGUGUCACCCAUGUCAUCCCUGUGGCUGAAGGUUAUGUUAUUGGCAGCUGUAUAAAGCACAUUCCCAUCGCAGGACGAGACAUCACCUACUUCACCCAGCAGCUCCUGAGGGAAAGGGAGGUGGGCAUCCCACCGGAGCAGUCGCUGGAGACAGCCAAGGCAGUAAAGGAGCGGUUCAGCUAUGUGUGCCCAGAUCUAGUCAAAGAGUUCAACAAGUACGACACAGACGGCUCCAAGUGGAUCAAGCAGUACACCGGCAUCAACGCCAUCAGCAAGAAGGAGUUCACCAUCGAUGUUGGCUACGAGCGCUUCCUGGGACCUGAGAUCUUCUUCCACCCAGAGUUUGCCAACCCUGACUUCACCCAGCCUAUUUCUGAGGUCGUGGACGAGGUCAUUCAGAACUGCCCUAUUGAUGUCAGGCGUCCUCUCUAUAAGAACAUUGUUCUGUCAGGAGGCUCCACCAUGUUUAGGGACUUUGGGCGCCGUCUGCAGAGAGACUUAAAGAGGACAGUUGAUGCCCGACUGAAGAUGAGUGAGGAGCUGAGUGGAGGCAAACUCAAGCCAAAACCAAUCGAUGUCCAGGUUAUCACUCAUCAUAUGCAGAGAUAUGCAGUGUGGUUUGGUGGAUCAAUGUUAGCAUCAACUCCUGAGUUCUACCAGGUUUGCCACACCAAAAAGGACUACGAAGAGAUCGGGCCGAGCAUCUGUCGCCACAACCCUGUGUUUGGAGUCAUGUCUUAACUUUGGACCUCCAAAGUCUAACAACAGCGGGUGGGGGCUGGGAUGGGGGCUGGGGCUUGAUGAAGUUAGGCGGUAUAAAGGUCAGGCUCAGGAGGUGGGGGAUGGUGAUGCUUCUGUGCUUUUUGAUUAUUCGUUCAGCUAUGGAUGUGUGGGACGUGAAGGAGAUCCAGAAUAUAAAAAGGAAAAAAAAAAAAAAGAAGAAAGACCAGACCAAACACAGACCGGCUGGAAAAUUUAUUGUGAAUGUUCCUUUUUUUUUUCUUUCUUUCUUUGUAUUUUCUUUUCAAAAUGAGGGAAAAUGGUUUGUAAGCCAAAACAAUUUUAAGAACAUUUCUGGAUCUGUUGAGCAACAUGCAGGGAGUGAUGAUGAUAAAGAUUAUGACGAUGAUGACUAUAAAGAUGGUGUUGGUGGAGGCCUAAGAUGAUGACAGUAACAUUGACAGUAAUUACCUGACACCAGAACAUAUUAUUUAUGUUUAUAGAACAUGAGUCCAGGAAAGAUUCAAUGACUCUUGAUAUCAUUGACAAGUUUAGAACAUAUUAUUGUCUUCUUUUAUUUUCUGCAAAUUAUUUCAGCUUCAAAUGCACAUGUCUGUGUAUCACGGUAAGAGCUUGUUUAUAUUUCAUACAAAAGUUUUUAUAUGUAAAACUUGGGAAAUCAGGGGUAAAAAAAAAAUUAAUGGAUUCCAAUAUAAACAAGAGACUGUUUUAACCCACGAUGCAGCUUUGAUACGCAAUAUUUUUUGAGUUUGAGUACUAUUGUUCCCCUCAUGUGUCAUCGCUGUCUGCCCUUUAAUUCUUCAUACAUUAAUUCACGUCUCCUUUCACUUCAGACAGUGUCAGGUUUCCACCUCUGUGAUGCAGUGAAAGGAAAGGGAAAGGACUUACUGAGGUUAUAAAAAUGAAACUGAAUAACAACGACUGUCAGACCAGUAUUGUUAGACUAGAAGUUUUUUUAUUAUUAAAUACCAAAUUAUUAAAAUAAUGGGAUUUGUGUAUUUAAUGCCUUGCGACAUUCCAAUAAAGGCUCAAAUUUGUUUCUAA